GGGCCGAGGGAGGAAGUGCCGGGCGAGAUGAGAGAAGGCAGAGAGCAGGAGAUGGAGUCCAGCGUGUAGCAGGUCCUUGUGACAGGCUCCACCGAGGGGGACCCGAGGGAAGAAAAAAUGCACCUGCUGUGGCUCUUUCCUGUCCUCCUCUGGCUCCCAGGCUAUUCCACUGCAAAGAAUGAAGUCACUGGUCCAAAGACAAGGAGUGGCCCAGAGCGGGGCUCACUGACCGUGCAGUGUAAUUAUACCUCAGGCUGGAAGACCUACAAGAAGUACUGGUGUCGAGGAGCUGCUUGGAGGGGCUGCAAAACCCUUGUUAAAACCACUGGGUCAGAGCAGGAGGUGAAGAAAGACCGUGUGUCCAUCAGGGAUGAUCAGGAAAACCUCACGUUCAUGGUGACCAUGGAGGACCUCAGGAGAGAUGACGCUGACAUUUACUGGUGUGCAAUUGAGAGGGCUGGAUCUGACCAUGGGUUUCCAGUUGAUGUGACCAUUGAUCCAGCACCAACUACAGCGUCCCCAACUACAACAGUCCCCAACACCUCCACCUCCACCACCAACAUGUCUACAGCACCAGUCACCGAGGAAAAGACCACCUGCCUCUCGACUCACCCUGCCACCAGGCACCCCAUCACCGAGCUCAGGAUCCUCCUCCCGCUCAUCUUUGCUGGGCUGAUGCUUCUCCUGAUGGCGGCCUCACUCCUGGCUUGGAGGAUGAUGAGGCGGCAGAAGAAAGAUGCGGGGCUGUCCCCAGAGCAGGCGCUGCAGCCCCUGGAGGAGGACCUCUGCUAUGCCAACCUGUCCGUGCUGCAGCCCAGAUCCUCCGCCAGCUCCUCCCGGAAGAAGGCCUCUGCCCAAACCUUCUCCUCGGCCCAGGCUGACCAGGAGGAAGUGGAAUAUGUCACCAUGCCCCCCUUACCGCGGGAGGACAUUUCCUACGCAUCUCUGUCUUUGGACCUCUUGGACCAGGAGCCGACCUACAGCAACACAGGCCACAUUCCCAGCAGGGACCACGAGGAGCCCACAGAGUACAGCGUCAUCAGGAAGUCUUAGCCUGGUCCCUGGCUCCCUCUUGGACCCGCACGAGGCCUCGGCGUGUCCCUCCUCAUCUGCUUUCUGCCCCAGCUCCCCCAUCAGGACCAACCAGUGGCUGAGGCUCUACCUGAUCAGCCACCAUGGCCUGCGGCUCUAACCUGGGCUUGGGGCCCAGCCUCAGGGGGGCUUUGGGGAACUAGUAGCCUUUGGGGAACUAUCUCCUCCUCACCCACAUAAACUGGGAGAGGGGUGGGGAUAGGCUCUGGGGUGGCCAUGGGAAUAGUAAUGGUAAUGAUAAUAAUGGUAAUUAACCUUUAUUUAUUGCUUACUGUGUUCGGGGGACAGAAGGCCCCCCAAAGACGUCCAUAUCCUAAUUUCCAGAACCUGUGAAUAUACCUUCUGUGGCAAAUGAUGCUGCAUGUGAGAUUAAGUUAAGGAAUUAGCGGUGGAGAGAUUAUUCUGGAUUAUCCAGUGGGCUCAAAAUACAAUCACAAGGGCCCUCCUACGAGGGAGGAGGAAGUCAGAAGGGGAGAAGGCAAAGUGUCCCGGAAGUGGAGGUUGGAGCAGCAUGGCUAGGAGUCAAGAAGGCUGCAGCCUCCAGAACCUGGAGCCUCCAAAAGGAGCCAGCCCCCGACACCUGUAGAACUGACUUUGUACUUUUGGCCCCCCAAACUGUAGAGGAAUAAAUCUGUAUUGUUUAAAGUUAA